AUGGGCCGAAGCUCUGAAAUCCCCUGCAUGGCUUUCACAGAACCGCGCCUUCCACCUUUGCCGCGGGUCUUCGUCACGCUCGACGACAAGUCCCCUGAGUCGCACAGGACCCUGCGCCGUUCCAGCAGUUUCUCGGGCUACACGCCCUUCGGGCGCAGCGAGGCCACCUUUGAGCUUGACUCGAACCCAGAGGACCCAGCCGAGUCCGAGGCCGAGGUGGAUCCCGAGUUCGUCCUUGGGAAUCCUGGGCCCGACCGUGCCGAUGCUGACCCGCCGACAUGGCCCGACACCGAUGAUGAAGAUUGGGAUCGCGGCGUGGCGCCAUCCGUCACCCUCAUGGCGCCUGUGGAGACGGAGACCUGGCAAGGCCUUCCGCUGCUUGUCACGCUGGCCCCGAUGGCGACCGAAACCGCCAUGGAUGAGCCCUUGGGCGAGAGUCCGGACAAUGGGCCCGUGAAAGUCAACUUGAGCCUCGAAAGUGCUGUUCCGGCUCCGCCGGUGUGGAACUCCCCGGAGAUCCCGAGAUUGCUCAGCACCAUCGGCAAGAGCUCCGCCUCUACGAAGUUUGACCUCCUCUCCACAACACCGGCUAUGUCUCCGAUGGAGGUCGGACGAGCCGCAGGGAGUCCCAGUGGGUCUCCGCACUUCUUCGCGCAGGAGGGAGUGGAGCACAGCAUCUUCUCAGACAGCGAGAGCCACAGCAGCAUGGCAUCCCCGACAUCCAGCCGCCCAACCGAUGAGAUCACCACGAUGAUGAUCAGAGGAGUGCCGGAGUGCAUGACGCAGCGCCAGCUGCUCAAGGAGCUCGACCAGUCUGGCUUCCUUGACCUGUAUGACUUCUGCCACAUGCCGCGGAACUUCCAACAUGUGGCAAAUCAAGGCUACGCCUUCGUGAACUUCCUGACUGCCGAGACAGCCAAGCUGUUCCAGAAUGCAUGGCAUAAGAAGAAGAUACUCGGGGAGCCCGGAUCUCAACCGGUCGUCAUCGUCCGUGCGGUGGUGCAGGGCCUGCAGGCGAACAUGAAGAAGUGGUGCGGACUCCGAAUGGCCCGCAUCAAGAACCCGGAUCUCAAGCCGUUUGUGUCGCCACAGGUCUUGGAGACUUUCAAGGUCGCGGACGAGACGGCAUCGUCGCUGGACCCGAACGACUGCAGCCCGAUCAGCCCGAACAAGAGCCGGUCGAUGAGAGUCAUGCAAGCCCAGCGUGCAGGCGCUGUGGCCUUGCAGCGGGCCCGAGCUCUCAUGCCUGUCGGACAUCUGGGGAAUGCCCAGCGACUCGGGUCGUACGCGUGGCCUGGUGUCUGA